CACCAAACGACUUCUACUUCAUGACUCAUGUAUCGAGGAGAUCAAUCAGUGCUCGGUCUCCUUGGUCGAUUAACAACACUCUUCUACUUCAAGCUCAGCAAGUUGUUGAACACUUAAAACUUUAAUAUUUCUGGUGAAUCUUCUUCGAUUGUUCUCAAAAUCAAUGGCUUUUGCGUGUCUCGCUUCUCACCAAUUCGUCAACUCUAAUCUCACUCUUAACCUCAACAAUGGCUCAAAAAUUCACCUCCCAAAUACUCUUCUCCCAAGCCCUAGAAAGCCCUCAUUAUUAUCAUUUACCCAUAUUUCUGCCCAAAUGCGCUCAUGUUCCAUCGCUGACAAUGCACAUGGAUUCGGUAUCAAUUACAGGAGGAUCGAUCGAAUUCGACAUCGUUCGGAUCCUAAAUUUGUCGUCCGAUCUUCGAUCAAGACUUCACAAUCACAAGCUCCUUCGAAUUCAAAUGGUAGAAUUAUUUUUUGGUCUGCUGUUACAUUAGUGUUAGCUGUUGGCAAUCGGGUGCUCUAUAAGCUUGCUCUAGUGCCUAUGAAGGAAUAUCCCUUCUUCAUGGCUCAAGUCAACACUUUUGGGUAUGUGGUGAUUUAUUUUUCUAUACUGUAUAUAAGACAUCGUGCUGGAAUUGUAACUGAUGAGAUGAUGACCCUUCCAAAGCGGCGCUUUGCGAUAAUUGGUAUGCUAGAAGCCCUAGGAGUUGUUACUGGGAUGUAUGCUGCAGCGAUGCUCCCUGGACCAGCUAUACCAAUAUUGAAUCAGUCGUUUUUGUUGUGGCAGCUGGGUUUUUCUGCUCUACUUCUCGGAAGAAGGUACUCAUGGAAUAAAAUUGCGGGAUGUCUAUUUGUGGCUGCUGGAGUGGUUACAGCUAUUGCAAGUGGAUCAGAAAGUGGUCAAAUGCUAUCAGGAAUUGGGUUGAUGUGGCCAACAAUGAUGGUAGUAUCAAGUGCAUUCCAGGCUGGUGCAAGUAUUAUCAAGGAAUAUAUUUUUAUUGAUGCUGCUACCCGUCUGAAGGGGAAAUUGCUCGACAUAUUUGUUGUUAAUUCCUUUGGUUCCGGGUUCCAGGCACUUUUCGUGCUUCUGUUUCUACCUCUGUUAUCAAAUCUGAAAGGAAUACCACUUGAUGAGCUUCCUUCAUACAUAAAGAGUGGUGCUGGUUGCUUUCUGAAUGUCGGGGCCAGUUCAUCAGGUUGUGACGGAUCACCACUCUUACCGUUACUUUACAUAGUCAACAACAUUGCCUUCAACAUAUCGAUCCUCAACCUAGUCAAAAUUUCUUCUGCUGUAGUUUCUUCGCUAGCCGUUGUGCUAUCAGUGCCAACCACCAUUUAUAUCCUCUCCCUUCCAUUGCCAUACCUCCCUGGAGGUGUAACUUUGAGCCCUUACUUCAUAUUCGGGAGUAUGAUCCUUGUGUCGGGUCUCAUUUUAUACAACGUACCUCAACAAAGCAACCAGGACUCCAAUUUCACAUGAGCUUCUCUUUUGUUUCACAAUGUCGUUCUUUCUUCCGAUGGGUUGCAGGUUCUGGCCAUAUAUGUUCCUCUGUUAACUAUGAUAAAACACCGAUUGAGGGAUGCAUUUGAACCAAGAAGAAACUAGCCCGGUAUAUCCCAUCUCGAGGUGGGGUAAGAUGUAUGUUGACAUGACUUUUUUACCCAAUAAAUAGAGCAAAGAAUACCAAAUAUAAGGUAACGACGUCAAAAAGUAGAGCACACAAUACUAAGGUGGCGUUUGUUUUUUAAGAGGUGCUGAAGUUUGAAGUCUUAU